AAGAAGUUAUUAUUUUUUGUCCACUUUAUCUGUGAAAACUAUAAAAUUCAAUGGUGUAUACUAGUUUUGUGUAUAAAAGUGAAACUGUCAAACUUUUCUCAAAGCUUAAGGGUUAUUUUGUAUAGCAUGGUUACUUUUUUUUCAAACUUAUCAGACAGUAAAAUAUUGUAUUUUAAUAUAUUUGAAUACCUUUAUUUCUUACUAAGGCCAUCAUACUUAUAGCUGUGAUGGAUCAAGUGCAAUGGACAACACCAAACAAAAAUCAAUUCAAGUGCCAUAGCUCUGUGUUGAAGAGUCCUAUAAUUCAUAAAACACCAGUGAGACAAAAUGAAAUAAGAUAUAGGCAAUCUACAUAUCAAAAUAGUAUGGGUGGUAUUACUGUUUUACCAAGCCAUAUUACACCCCCAUCUGGAUUAACAAAAUUUAUAGCUAGAAAUCCAUUUGAAUCAGAUCUAACAAAUAGAUUACAUUUAUCUAUGAUAAGUCCAACAGUAUUUAAUCAGGUGUCUAACUCUUCUAGAGAUUCUUGUGGUUUUGCAUGGAGUGUAGAAGAUUUGGCUCUGUUACAUCCAGCACGAAUAGAUGAAUCGCCUAUGCAACAAAUACAUUGUACAGAUCCUGAAAUUGAAUUGGAGGCUCAAGCAGCCAUUAAUAAGUUCUUUAAUGCACCUCAAAUUAUCCCUAGUCCUUGGGAUGCUAAAAGAAAAGAGAGUACAAAAAUACUGAAUUGUAACAGCCCUACAUGUCCUGUUGACAACUUAAAUACAACUACAGAAUCUCAAAAAUCCAAAAAUGAAUGCUGGACCCAGACAAUACUAUCCCUUCCACCAAAACUACCCAAAGAAGUAGAAGAUGUCUUAAAAGGUUAUUUUACGUUCACGCAGGAGCAAAAUAUGGAAAAUGAGGAAGCUAACUCAAGCAAUAGUUCUUUAAGAAGGAAACUAUUUUUCAAUCAUGACGAUUAUGCUGAAGAUGAUGAUGCAAGUUCAAUAUCUUUAUCAUCAGUAAAGUCAAGUGAUUCAAAUGGUAUUAUUUGUAGUCCUCUACAAAGUGGAAUGCGAAUUGACGGCAGUUUAGUAGGGCGAUGUUCACAAAAAAUGCAACGUAAUUCACCGAUACCAAAUUCAGGAAAUAUAUCACCACCGAAUUUGUCUCCUAUUAAUGAUAAUAGUGAAGCUCGAUCUAAGCAAGGAACACCAUUGGCACUUCUGAGAAGUAUAUCACCACUCAAUAUGUCUCCUAUUAGUAACAAUGCUAGCAAUAUGUCUUGCCAAAGUAUCAAAUAUCGUCCUCGAUCUGUCACUCGUUUGGACUUCACUGCCGAUAUGAGUAUAGAGAAUUCUAUUUGCGAGGAAAACAAGAUAAUUAGAGCGCACAAGAUUGAUCCAUCCAUACUCACCGUAAAAACUUCUCUUAGUACAUCUGUUGUCACAGCUGUUGAAGAACCUAUUCAAGUACAAAAUGAUGGUAAAAUUUCAAACUCACAAUUGGAUGCUAAAAGUACAAAAACGAAUGAUACUGUGGAGAUGGUAACUCUGUCAGAAGAAACGACUCCAGUUAAAAAAAAUCUGGAACAUAAAAAUCGUGUAACUGUUGAUCAGAAUUUUGAAAUUGUAAAUAGAUUAAAAUUUGCAGCAGAUUGGUAUAAAAGCCACUCUAAUGAAAGUUGUACAUUUCAACAUAGUAAUACGUUUUCUGGUACGUCUGCUCAACAGAGUACAUCUAACAUUGCUCAAGACACUGGUUAUCAAACUAAUAGUACUUACAACACUACAAGUCUUAUUGAUAGUUGUAGUAUUACUCCAGUUAAACAAAAAGGUUACUGGGAUGAACGUGGUUUACCGUGUGAUGAUGAUAUGCAAUUGUCUGAUUGGAAGAAAAAUUCUAAACAUAUCUUUAGCUCUACUCCUUCGAAAUACGUACGAAGAAGAGAUCAUUGAGUGAUUACUGUGAUGGAUUUAUGCUUUUCGAAAAAAAUUUGUAGAAUAUUUGAUGACUGCGAAACAUUCUGUUUUAUGACGCAUAUACUUAGAAUAUUGUAGUUUAUUAUUUUUUAUGCAACUAUUAUAUAUAGAUAUAUAUACCAGAAAUGUAUUCAGACUUAACAUAGGCGACAAGUGAAAUCUCAUUGAUUUUCUUAGCUAAAAAAUAUACAGGAUAUAUGAAUGACAAUGCUUGCAGUAUCCGAUGAGAUAAAUUGAAAUUGUAUCAAUUUUGUAGUAACGAUAAUUAAUACUUUUUCUAUUUUAGAUAAAUGAAUUAGAAUGCGUGAUUGAGAAGGGCAUUGUUGUUGAUCAUCUUUUAUACAUAAAAGCCCUUCGAUAUUUCUUUAGUAUAGUACAACAAACUAUCAUUAAGCUAUACAGUUCCUUCUCAUUCAUGAAUAAGGAUCUCAUUCCUUUGGCGUAAAAAUCAUGUAACUAUUAAUUUUACUGCGACAAUAUUAAGUUAAAAACGAAGAUUUGAUCGCUGCGCCUAAGAAGCUUAAUAUUUUAAUAUACAAAUUAGUCGUCAAUGUAGAACAAACUGGCUGUUAAACAUCAUCUCACAUUCAUCUUUAUACGCUGGUUAAAAAGUUCCGCUAUGUAUUAACUGAAGCAAGACUGAAAUUGUUCGUGACUACAAUAUACAACUAUAUUACAUGAAUUUAGAAUAUACAAGUUUUAUACAAAUAAAAGUUGGGCUGUUUGGAA